AUGACGGUGACCAGCAACGAUAAGGAUGCUCAGCUCCCGGCUGAGUUUGACCUUCGAAGUGACAUAGUGACGGCGCCUACGCAAGCCAUGCUGAAUGCCGUCUUGAACUGUACUUACCGAGACGAUGUGUAUCGUGAGGAUGCGACGACCGAGAACUUCCAGGCAGAGAUCGCCAGGCUCACAGGCCACGAAGACGCCAUCUUCAUGCUUUCGGGCACCAUGAGCAAUCAGCUGGGCUUGAGGGCUCUUUUGAACCAGCCGCCUUAUUCAGUCCUCUGUGACUCCCGUGGACACAUCAUCCAUUACGAAGCUAGCGGACUGGCCAAUUUGACGGGCGCCGGCAUUCAGCCAGUGGAAGCUAAGAACAAGAAAUCUCUGACGUUAGAGGAUAUCAUGGAAAAGGCUGUCUUAGAUGACUGGGUGCAACACAGCCCUACUAAGGUAAUUGCCCUAGAAAAUACCUUGAACGGCCUGGUAUUUCCGUUGGAAGAAAUCCGGCGAAUUUCAGCCUUCGCUCGAGAGCAUGACAUCAAGAUGUUUCUCGACGGCGCUCGGCUCUGGGAUGCGGUUGUGGCUCGGGGAGGCACCCUUCUUGAAUAUGCCCAAGAAUUCGACGCGGUCAACCUAUGCUUCUCAAAGGGGCUGGGUGCCCCGUUGGGAAGUGUUCUUGUUGGGAGCAAGCAAACCAUCGCGCGAGCAAGGAAGGUCCGACAGAGUAUCGGCGGAGGCAUGCACCAAGCAGGGAUCAUCACAAGUAUGGCUCGCGUGGCUUUUCAAGAUACAUUUGGCGGCACCGUCGACGGCCAAGGGUCAUUGCUUGCUCGGGGCCAUCAUAACGCCAAACGCAUUGCCGACUUAUGGGUCAAGCUCGGAGGAAAGUUGCAUGGGCCCACAGAGACUUGCAUGGUGUUUGUGAACAUCACAGACGUCGGGUUGUCGAGACCAGAGCUCGAGCGGAUGGCUUUGGAGCAUGGACUCAUCAUCAAGAAUGAGCGUUUGGUGUUUCAUUAUCAGAUCUCCGACGAAGCUGUGCGACGAAUUGAAGCAUUGUUUGGAGCCAUAUUUCAGCGACAUAGAACGAAUGGAACGAAUGGAAAAAUGUGA